AUGGCUAUGCGACUAUUCAAACGACGGACCAAUAAACCACCAACUGCUGGCCCCGAAGAUCGCGACGUUGCUGAGAAGAAGAGGAGGUUCAACUUCUCUGGAUCGAAGAUCUUACGAGACGUCUGGGAGUGGUUCAAAGAGACCUGGCCUGACCACUUUCUCCUGAUUGAAGCGGCGCUCACUACGUUCGCGAUAUAUCGGGCACCCCCGGUGGCUCGACGAACCUUCCAGAUCAACUACUUCAAUGGCGUACCUAUCCCGCCUGCUGGCUUCGAUCACCAGUACCGACCCUACAUCUUGAACUCAUUCGUCUCCGGCGCAAUUGCGUUGGCCGCACCCAUACUUGUAUUCAUCCUUAUGCAAAUCCGAGUCAGAUCACUCCGCGAUUUGGGAAAUGCCAUCUUCGGUGUCCAGUUUAGCUUGGCCACGAGUGCGCUGAUGCACGUCGUCAUCGCCUCAGUCGUCGGUGGACUACGACCCAACUUUUACGAUGUCUGCAAGCCCAAGGGGAAAGAAGAACAUGGCGAAGGGUGGGAGAUGGAAGUCCUAGAUCGGGACGCAUGCACUGGAGAGGAUCGGAUGGUCGACUACGCCUUCUCAUCAUUCCCGUCUGGACACUCUACCGCAGCUUUCGCCGGCUUCGUCUUCCUCUUCCUGUACUUGAACGCGAAAUUCAAGACCUUCAGCAACUAUCGGCCGCCGUACUGGGCAUUGGUCGCCACCUGGGCGCCCAUACUUGCGGCUAUCGUCAUAGCUGGGCAAUGCAUCGUCGACCACUCCCAUCAUUGGUAUGACGUUCUUGCGGGAGCAUUCCUCGGGACUCUGAUGGCUUUCUCGGCCUACAGGAUGGUGUAUGCGAGCAUCUGGGACUUUCGGUUCAACCACAUUCCUUUGGCUCGCUUCGCACCGUUCCAGUACGAUACAGAGUCCGACUCUGUCAAAUACGACAACCUCGGCAAGGCAAUGUGGACCAAAGAUGCUGGCUGGGGCUCGAAGACUGAACGACCGUGGGAUGGAGCACCAUAUGACCGGGCUGGUGCCGACUCUCGUCGUGGUCAUUCAGGUCAUGAACAUGAAGCUCCUUCACAGGUACCAGUGCCAGAUGCUGGGCACAUGGCAUAG